AUGAGACACAUCAUUCUCUUGUUGAUCAUACAAUGCUUUGCUUCUAAUAUUGAUGUUUAGAUCUCAUACAUAGAUGCCCCCUUGAUCAACAUACAUUGGUGUAGUGAUACAGUCUUAGCACUCACAUCUAAAGGAUCUGUGUAUAGAAGCGAUGAUCGUGGUAGAUAAUGGACUAAAAUGUCUGAGAUAUUUCAUCGCAAGGCUCUCAUAUAACUUGAAGAUUCGGAUGAAAGAGUCGGAAUUGUAAAUAAUUUGGUUCCAAGUCCUGUUGAUAAAUCCUUAGUGUUAUUUACAGGAACAGAUCAAAUAGCUUGGAUUUCCCUUGAUUGUGGAAAAACCAUAACAGCUGUCAAUGCUGGAAAAUAGUUGCGAGAAUAUCAAUUUCAUCCACUUGAAAAAGAUUGGAUUAUUGCAUCAGCAUGGAAAUAAUGUGGAUCUGAUGAAUUACUAGCAGGAACACCUUGUGUUUCUUAUAAGGAACUUCUUUUAAGUUAAGACACAGGAAUUACAUGGCAUUAAAUAGCAACUUAUGUAAAUCAAUUUACUUGGGGUGUCAAAAAUAAAGAAAUGGCUAAAUAUACUCCUAAGGAACGAAUUCUAGCAUCAUUUGAACCAUAGGGAAAAGGACAUUAAUCAAUUAGCAGUUGGAAUAUGGAUUAUAAUCUAUAUUAUAGCNCAAUAUAAUAGUUGUAGACAGUACAACAGUUCCAUUUGAAAGAGUUCUUGGUAAAGAAGUAGGAGGAUCUCUAUAAAAAUUACAUGAAGCUAAUGGAGUUGAAUUUGAAUUGAAUGCUGGAGUCAAAAGAAUUGGUGGAGUUGGUUAAGUAUAAAGAGUUGAUUUAUUAAAUGGAAAAUCAUUAUAAGCAGAUUUAGUUAUUUUAGGAACAGGAAUUCAACCAAAUAAUAAACUUGCUAAAGAUUAAUUAAAAAUAUCACCAAAUGGUGGUAUUGAAACAGAUGUGUUCUUGAAAGCUGCCAAGAAUGUUUAUGCAUCAGGUGAUAUAUCAAGUUAUCCAUAUUGGGUUACUGGUGAACAUGUUAGAAUUGAACAUUAAAAUGAAGCUGUUAGAUAAGGGUAAGAUAUUUGAUUAAUUUUAGAUAUGUUGCUGCUUUGAAUAUUUUAGGUAGACCAACUCCUUUGACAGAUGUACCAUUCUUUUGGACAAGAUAAUGGGAUAGAACCUUAGCAUAUAGUGGAGUUGGAUAAGGAUUUGAUGAAGUUAUUGUGGAUGGAGACUUAAGUCAAUAAAAAUUUGUUGCUUAUUAUGCUAGAAAAGGACGUGUUGUAGCUUCUGCUAGUAUGAAUACUCCUAAUGUAUGAUAUUUUUAUUAAUUUUAAAGGCUUAAAUGAUUAUAUCUGAAGCAUUAAGAUUGAAUGUUAUGCCAAGUGCUGAGGAUUUAAAGGAAAAGAAAGUCAAUUUAGAUGAUAUUAAGAAGAUUGUCUUAAGUAAAGGAUCAUCUUGCCAUUGUAAACGUGCUGGAUAAUGCUAAUCAUAAUUAUGAGU